GUUCCCUUCGCUUCCCCAGAGAAAGUGAGUUCAAGAAGCUCCAAAAAUCGUUGCUAAUGGAUGCUUCCAUCUAUGCCACCUUCAGUUCCAAAAAUAUCUCAUAGAAAACGAACUCAAUCCCCAUUGUAGCCCAGUUCUAUAAACCAAAAUCUCCCCAUUGCUUAAUUAAUCACUUUGCAACUAUAAUUUCUUUAUAUAUAUUUUUCUUCACCCGUUUAUUAGAUUUCUUCAAUUUCCUGUUACUGGGUUUCGAUCUCUCAGUGCAGAAAAACUGUUUGACCCCUUUUUUUUUUUGCAAGAAAUUGAGUUAAUUUUUGUUACAAUAAAAACUUAUUUCUAUAUUAAAAAUUUGGGUUACUUUUUGAUUCAAUGGAAAAGACUAGGUGCAAUGGGUAUGGAUUGGGAUCCAGAUUGGAUCUCUUGGGUUUCGUUAAUUGUUAUUAAUUGUUUUGUUUGUUUAAUUUAGUCUUUGUUUUUGUUAAACUUGUUCUUUGUGUUUUGUACUUCUUGUUUUCCGAGCUUUAUUUUCAGCCUUUUAUUUUCAUUUUUUGUUUUCUGGGUUUGUUCGUUUGGUAGGAAUUUAGAAUGAGGUACAAUGGUUAAGGGUUUACAACAAAUAUUUUCAUUAGUACCUGAGGGUUUUCAUGGGUUGAACUCAACAGAAUAAUAUGGAUAGUUUGAGGGAAGACGAGGAAUGUUCAUUUUUUGAUGCUAAUGAACACAUUGGAACAAUGUCUGGUUUACAUUCUGAUUCGAAUUCUGGUUUUGAUAAUUGGUCUGAGAGUUGUUUCGAUGUAUGGAUUCGUAGCCCUCAAAGUGUUAACGAACGCCGCAUUAAGUUUUUCGAUUGGAUGGGAGAUAGUUUAGACCGAAUUUCGUUCAAGAAUUCAGUAGAUGAACCUAGUUUGGAAGGAGAAUUUAGCAGGGUUAUGGAAACUAGUGAUGCUGUUUUGAGAACACGAGGCUCCGAAGAGUUCUCUUCGAGCCGGUCUUCAAUGUCUUGUUGGUCUAAUGAUAAUCUUGAUUUGUCUGAGGAGUCGAGUUCGUGUGAUAAGUUUGUAUGUAGGGAAGGAAAUGAGGAUUGGGGAGAACAGUGUGGUGUUGAUGAAAAGCUUCAAGAUGGGGAGGGAAUUGAAGGUUGCGAAACGAAGGUGGAUCAGUUGGUAAAUGGCGAAAACAGCUCCACGUCUGAGAUCCCUUGUGUGUCAAUGACCUCAUUGCAACAAGUUACGGAGAGGAAAAUGGAGAAGCAGAAUAAAACCGAGAGAAUGCCGAAGAAAGCUAAGAACCGGUGGUUAAGUAAAUUGAUUACACGUUUCCUGGAUAAACAGGUUGAAGAUGAUUCAUUGAGUGGUAACAGAGAUAAUUCAGUUUGGGGGAAUAAGGUUCAGAGGGUUAAGGUUCAUCAAUGCAGGAAAAGAACAAAGGAACUUUCUGCACUUUUAAAGGGACAAGUUAUCCAGGCUCAUGAAGGUUCAAUUUUGACGAUGAAAUUCAGUCCUGAUGGACGGUACCUAGCUAGUGCCGGUGAAGAUGGCGUUGUACGAGUAUUGCAAGUGGUGGAGGAUCAAAUGAGCAUCGACCUUGAUAUCCCAGAGAUGGAUCCUUCCUGUUUAUACUUUACGGUGAAUCAUCUUUCUGAAGUGAAACCCCUCGUUGUAGAUAAGGUAAAAGAAGGCAAUAUAAGAAUCCCGAGGAAGACAUCUGAUUCUGCGUGUGUGAUCUUCCCUUCCAAAGCUUUCCGGCUAGUCGAGAAACCAUUACACGAGUUCCAUGGACACACUGGUGAGAUCUUGGAUCUCUCAUGGUCCAACAAAAAUGUCCUGUUAUCUUCCUCGGUUGAUAAAACCGUUCGUAUGUGGCAAGUUGGAUGUGAUGGUUGCCUCAAAGUAUUUUCUCAUAGUAAUUACGUAACCUGUGUUCAGUUUAACCCUGUGGAUGACAAUUUCUUCAUUAGUGGUUCAAUAGACGGAAAAGUGCGCAUUUGGUCAAUUUCUGGCUGCCAGGUUGUUGACUGGAUUGAUGUAAGAGAUAUAGUUACUGCAGUGUGUUAUCGCCCGGAUGGACAGGGAGGAAUUGUUGGCUCAAUGACUGGCAGUUGCCGCUUUUACGAUAUGUUAGACAAUCAAUUGCAACUGGGUGCUCAGAUAUGGGUAAAUGGGAAAAAGAAGUCGCCCUGCAGAAGGAUAACUGGCUUGCAGUUUUUGUCUCAAGAUCCGAGCAAAGUAAUGGUAACUUGUGCGGAUUCACAAGUCAGAAUUCUUCAAGGACCAAACGUGAUUGGCAAAUACAAGGGUGCACAUAACAACGGGAACCAGACAUUUACGUCAAUAACAGCAGACGGGAAGCACAUUGUUUCAGCUUGUGAUGAUGCUAAUGUAUAUAUAUGGAAUUGCGUUCAUCAGGAUAAGAAUAGUAUCUCUCAGUCUAAAGAUAUAAGAUCUUGUGAACACUUCUCUGCUAGUGCAUCCAUCGCGAUCCCUUGGUGUGGCCUGAAAUAUGGGAACACAGAAAAUAGGCAGUUUGAAGUACCACACGAGGAUUUACCUCAUGACCUUCCAUUUUCGUUACCUUCUUAUUUCUCUAUGGGCCAUGAAUAUUCUUCAGAGUCUUUACCUAAGGGAUCUGCAACAUGGCCGGAGGAAACACUUCCUCCAUCCAGUCCAUUGUCAAUGCCGUCUUCAAUCCAUAAAUCCCAGUACAAGUUUCUGAAAACUUCCUGCCAGAGUACAUUUGAUUCUCACGUUUGGGGUCUCGUUAUAGUGACAGCAGGAUCAGACGGUAGAAUCAGAUCAUUCCUCAAUUACGGUUUACCAGUACCCGUGUGAAAAUACCAGUAGAAUUUGGUCCCAACAAGUGGCUGCUUUUAUACGGUUGCAACAAAAUCCUUCUUGGAACGAGUGUGUGACUGAGGUUAGCUUAUCUGGAUAUCCAGGUUAACUUCAUAAUUGAUUUGUUACUCGAGAAAUCUUUUGUCUGCUCGCCUGGAAAAGAUUACGCAUGUCAUGUGUUGAAAGGCAAUUGAGAUAUAUUAUAUGCAUAAUGCAGGCAUCUGUAGCCUGUAGGACCAUGUAAACCAACCUCUUCCUUUUGUUGAUCUUAAAUUGGAUUAGAAAUCAGAGCUGGUGGCUGCGGUUCGUUCCGGGGAUAAAAAAUGGUGGGGGUGCUGCUUUGAAUGAUUGAUUUGUUUGUCUGCCAUUUUAGGUCUGCCUCAUGGUAGGGGCCAUUCAAACCUGUUCAUGGAUUCGGGAAUUUGCCAGGCUUUAUUUUUCACCGAACCGGCUUCCGUGCUUCCUUGUAAUGCUUGAAUGCCUACCGGUUUGGUCACUGUUGCGGUUAUGGUUAAUAAUUCUUUGCUAACACAUUCAUAGUAACAUCUUGUAGAGUUACUUCAUUUUUUCCCCCUUUUCUCUUUUGUUGAAGACUGGCCUGGAUUUAGGCGCACAUGUAUUUAAUCAACAGUUGUAAAUUAAUUCAGUAUAUAUGUUGUAGCAUUCAUUUGACAAAGAAUCAAGAAGCUUUACUUUAGUUUUGAA